AUGAGGACCAGAUCAGCUCCAGCCUCUAAAUCGGCAAAGCCCACAGAACAGACCCAAACUAAAACCCUUGUUUCAUCGGAAAAACCAAGCAAAACGUUCAUCCUCCCGUCCUCCUCAAGCAAAAAUGCACGACUACUCUCCCUGCCAGAACCCCAGUCGGGGAAGCUAGCCCGCUACUUUUUCUGUCCGAAACGUGGCAUAUAUGAAUUCACAGUUGUUGCGCCGCCAGCACAUAUGGCGCGCAGUAUACUUUUCACCCCUCAAUCGCGCGAAACGGCGAUACUAUCGAAAGGCGAAGACAAGGACAGCGUCAAGCCAUCUGCGCAAGGCUUAAUUACGAAGAAGGCAGAGCUACUAAUAGCAACACCAAUUGAUGCCUUAUUCUUCAUGGUCUCAUUGCUGGCAUCGUCACCGAAAUCGGGACCCUCUCUUUUCCAGCCAUUGGACGACAUCAUCGACUCGCACGACGACAUGCCCAAACAUCUACGUCGAAUUCUCUAUGAUGAAGUGUUCCGAGCCUCCCUCUUGUUGCGGGUUGAAGCCAUUUGCGAUGUGGUCGAAGCCGGGGAUGAGAAGAUGUUCCGAUUCAGUGAGAUGAAACUUGUUAGGGAAUUGAUCGCAAAGGCAGAACGUAUGGUGGAACGAGGACUUCCUGUCAGCCUGGAGGAACGCUUUGUUCGCCAGGUACUGGCUACUCCGCUUAUGGCAGUUAAGCGAGAAGACGUAGUGAUCAGCCAGGAGCCAUCUAACGAGAGUGAAUCAGUCUCCACAUCUGAGGAAAGACAAGAUUCUCCAUCAACUCUGACAACGGCUACUACGCCUUCGGUCUCGACGCCUGCGGGAGAAUCCACACCUGCACCACAGGCAGCUGGCGAAGACUCCACGUUUUCAGAUCAUGUCACUCGGUUACUCCAAAUUUCUACUGCACUGUCUUUCAUGAAGGAAACGUAUUUGCCCGCUGCUAUGGCAGUGCGAAUAGAUGAAAUUCUCGCCUCCGCAGAAAGCCCCCUCGAUUUCAACCCCUUGAAAGACCGUCUCAAGGAAAUCGCGGAGCUUCGUGCUCAAGCCCUCGCCUCGCGUGACAUGUCCAACUUCACAAGGAAGCGAGGUCUUGAUGAUGAGGAGGAGGACACAAGAGCCGAAAAGAAGCGCCGCAAGGACGAGGAAGAGAAAAAGACCAAAGCUGCGGAGUCCCAGGCAGUCAAGAACCUGAAGAAGGUGAACACAACUGGAAUGGCGAAGAUGAGUUCUUUCUUCGCCAAGGCCCCUCCCAAAAAAAAAGACUUGAGGCUCUUGGCGCACAGCCUACGGAACUAUAAUAUGGCCGCGUGUUACGCGGUCAAACGCCUGUCUGGCUUCGAAGCACCACCGGCAUGA